AUGGCCCGCGCCGCGCCCCCAGCCGCCGCCCGCGCCCCUCGCCUCCUCCGGGCCGCGCUGCUGCUCGUGCUCCUGGUCGCCGCCGGCCGGCGCGCUGCAGGGGCGCCGGUGGUGUCGGAACUGCGCUGCCAGUGCGUGAAAACCAUGCAGGGAAUCCACCUCAAGAACAUAUACAAUGUCACGGUGACGCCCCCGGGACCCCACUGCGCGCAAACGGAAGUCAUAGCCACUCUCAAGAAUGGGCAGGACGUUUGUCUCAACCCCGCAGCCCCCAUGGUUAAGAAAAUGAUGCAAAAGAUACUUGCAAAUGGCAGUUCCAACGGCUCUUUCCGGAGAGAGGAUGCGUAGCGGACGCUGUGCUGGAAGCGGACCCUGCCUUUGCAUGCCCUGGGAGCAGAAACUGUCAGCUCCGGGGUCCCCCUGCAAGGCCUUCUGCUGGAGCCUAGCUUACCACAGACCUCCCAUGGCGUUAUUUAUUUAUUUACUUAUUUAUUUUUAAAGCGUCCAUGUUAAUAUAUUACAUGUAAGAUAAUUAAGGGUGUGGUGGAAUUUGUUUACACACUCUACUGUUAUGUGUAUUGUUCCCUUUAUGCCAAAUCAACGUUGCUUUGGUCCUGAUUCUUAUUUCAUUCAAAGAUAAAGGUUUCCAAAUGUUCGCCAGUCGUUCAAAUGUCUGUGAAGGAGGCUGCGAGCCACAGAUAGUCCAGUCAUUGUUAGAGGGGGAGGAUAUGUGUGUACUUUAUUUUCUAUUUGGAAGAAGGUUGUUUGCUAUUUAUUGAAACCAUUUUUUUUUUCAGGAUGGGGGUCAACAUGUCUCUUGUUGAAACUUUUAAGAACUGUCAUGUUCUAAAGAUCCCUUGGACAUUUUAUGUCUUCCUUGUAAGGCACAAUGCCUUGUUUUAUAUUAA